AAAAUCGUGGGGAGUUCUUAGAAAAACUAGUACGAGCUCGAUCUAGCGUAAGCCCAGGCACGCCAUCACAGCCAAUCUUACCAACUGUAUGUGUACUAAGGCUUGUUGUUGGAAAUUGGGUGUUGCAAUCAAAUAAACCUAAUCAGCUGCAAAUACACAACACAGAAGGUCAUCAAGUUACUAUACUACAAGAUGAUAUUCAAGGCUUUAUAUUUGAAAGUAACAGAGGAACAAAACAUUCAUUUACAGCGGAAACAACCUUAGGUGCCGAUUUUGCUUCAGGAUGGUCUACUGAAAAAAAAAAACGUUCCAAAUCAAAGACAGAUAUACAGAAAGUUCAAGUGUCAAACUUAUCUCGUGAAAUUUAUAAUAAAUAUUUUAAAUCCGCUCAAGUAAUACCGCGUGGAGCAGUAGCAAAGCUAACUGCUAUUGUGAAGCAAAUCAAUCUUGCUAUUGAGGAACAACGUGUGGCAUCUAAUAGUAAAUGGUCAAACACGUUGGUGACGGCUUUAACCAAUCUUUCGAAGUUAAUUCAUGAAGAUGGUGUUGUAAGUGCAUAUGAAAUGCAUUCUUCCGGCCUUGUUCAAGCAUUGGUUGCAGUUUUAUCUAAUAACUAUUGGGAAUUCAAUGUGUCACGUUGCAAAACUAAUAAAAUGCUAAAGGAUCGUAUUGAUAUAUUUAAAAAAUGUAUUUUCGGUGAAUGUGAUGACUCAAAUAUAUAUAAUACGAAAAAUACAGCAAGUAUCCUUAUACAAAAGCUUGUCGCUGUCUUAGAAAGUACUGAAAAACUUCCAUUGUUCCUGUAUGAUGCUCCCGGCUCUGGUUACGGUUUACAAAUACUUCAAAAACGACUUCGCUUUCGACUGGAACGUGCGCCUUCUGAGAGUACUCUUUUUGAUAGAACGGGUCGGACAUUAAAAGUAGAACCUUUGGCAACAGUGGGACAACUCGCCAAAUACUUGCUAAAAAUGGUUGCCAAACAAUGGUAUGACCUCGAUCGAUCUACAUUUUUAUACUUAAAACAGUUGCGUGAACAGAAGCAAGGUAUUUCCUUUACGUACAAUUUCGAUUUUGAUGAAGAGGGCCUUAUUUACUACAUUGGAUCAAAUGGAAAAACAUGUGAGUGGGUCAAUCCUGCGCAAUACGGUCUAGUGCAAGUUACAAGCUCUGAGGGUAAAACUUUGCCCUAUGGAAAACUAGAAGAUAUACUGUCACGUGACGGGGUUUCCCUCAACUGCCACACAAAAGAUAAUAAAAAGGCUUGGUUUUCAAUAGAUCUUGGAGUAUAUAUUCUGCCAACCGCUUACACUUUGCGCCAUGCUAGAGGAUACGGUCGCUCCGCGCUAAGAAAUUGGCAUUUGCAAGCAUCAAAAGACGGAAUUAACUGGACUACACUCAUAAAUCAUGUUGAUGAUAAGAGUUUGUCAGAACCCGGAAGUACAGCCACAUGGCCCAUAAUAUGUUCUUCUGAUGAUACAAAAGGAUAUCGUCACAUAAAAAUCCAACAAAAUGGUCGUAACGCCUCUAAUCAAACUCAUUAUUUGAGCUUAAGUGGGUUUGAAAUUUACGGACGGGUCGUAGGUGUUUGUGAUGAUAUAGGUAAAACCAUUAAAGAAGCGGAAGCUAAAACACGCAGGGAAAGACGUCAAAUUCGAGCUCAACUUAAACACAUUACGAGUGGAGCACGAGUAGUUCGAGGAGUUGACUGGCGUUGGGAAGAUCAGGAUGGGUCUUGCGAAGGUACUGUAACUGGAGAAAUUCACAAUGGUUGGAUUGAUGUUAAAUGGGACCAUGGUGUAAGAAAUUCCUAUCGUAUGGGCGCUGAAGGUAAAUACGAUUUAAAAUUAGCUAGCUUGGAGAAUGCUUCUAUUUUCGAAGGAGUUAAUUCAAUACUACCAGUUUCUUCAGGACCUAAAAAAAUUGAUAAGACAAACGUGUUAGUUUCUCGAAAAUCUAGUUCAACCCCAUCGCUUCCUGAAGCUACUGAGAUAAAUAAAAAUUCGGAAGAUACAUCCAAUCAAACUGUUUCAGCUGAUAACCUAGCAUGGAAACAUACUGUAGAGACCAUAACAGAAAAUGUAUUUACCUCAGCAAAGACUCACAUAGCAACAAGUCAGUCGAGCACCGGUUCAGUAAAAGAAACACAAGCUAUAUUCAAUGAGGCAAUCUGCGACCAAACUUCCUUGGUGACAUCGAAUAUUCCAUCACCGUUAAUUCGUGAAUUACAGCACAUUGCGGACUUAUCUACAAUAAAUAAUUCAAUGCCUGCGAUUAAUUUACCCAAUGUGUCAGACCUGGCUACAAUUUCAGAAAGUUUGUCAGUUGUUGAGCUUUCAAAAGAAAGUAGUAGUACGAAUCAUAGUGAACAUAAACCAGGUGAAAUUAAUUCCAUCGUAUCAAACGACGUAAAACGUAAACCUUAUAUAGAAGAAAACAAUAAGAUGAAUGUCAAUAACUCUGUCAAUAAUUUGGCAAAAGGACUAUUGAUAAAUUUAAGGCAAAUGAAUUCAGCUAGUUCUCAUUGUGCUUCUCAGUUUUCUACAGAACCUCGAGAGAUUAUUGAUAAAAUGCAUGAUGGUGUAGACAUGUUACGCAACAAUACUAAUAAUAUACUGUCUGCAGAUGAAUCACAAAAACCUCGUACAAGCGUUUCAUCAACUUCAAAGGAAAAUGCUAAAUUCUCGGUAUUAAUACAACCGGAGUCUUCUGUAAAAUCUGAAAUAUUAGAUGGUGUAGGUAACGAAUCUGUUAAUUCCUCCACCCCAAAUAAAAACCUUUCUGAUUCCAAAACUCCACAAGCAUCAACUUUUUCUGGUCAAAUCGAGAACAUUAUAAACCCCCAGGCUACAGAUGAUGUUGUCUCCGUCUCUAACCAAAUGAGUAUUAGUGUGCCCAAUUUAACAACAUCGUCUGAAGUUUCAUCUACAUCAGAAGUUGCUGUUCAUACUGGUCUAUUAGAAACAUUCACAGCUAUUGCACGUCGUCGCACUUCACAAGACACCAACAAUGAUGCAAAUCAGUCAAACAAUGCAAUUUCUAAUAAAAUUGAACAUAGUAAUCAAAACGUUGGAACAGGUUCAUUUUUCGCCAGAGGACCUAACUCCGUAACAAGCUUGGUAAAACUAGCUCUAUCUAGCAAUUUUCAUUCUGGCUUAUUAAGUACUGCGCAAAGUUAUCCUAGCCUCUCAUCUAACAAUGGAGAAAAUGCUUCAUCGAAUCCCACUAAUAAAAAAGUUGGUCAGCCACCUACUUCGUCCAUUAAUCCAACGUUAACAAUGAGCUUAACUUCUACAUCAAGUGAUAGUGAACAAGUUUCCUUAGAAGACUUCUUAGAAAGUUGCAGAGCUCCGACAUUGCUGGGCGAUAUGGAAGAUGAAGAUGAUAUGGAGGAAGAAAAUGAUGAGGAAGAAAACGAGGAUGAAUAUGAAGAAGUAGGAAAUACACUUUUGCAGGUCAUGGUAUCUCGCAACCUUUUAACAUUUAUGGACGAUGAGUCCCUGGAAAAUAGAUUGGCAGGUGUAAGCAAGCGUAAAUCAUGGGAUGAUGAAUUUGUUUUAAAAAGACAAUUUUCAGCCUUAAUACCAGCAUUUGACCCUAGACCAGGUCGUACAAAUGUCAAUCAGACUUCCGAUUUGGAAAUUUGUCCACCAGACACAAAUCUGGAAGCUUCUCAACAAAGUGAAAAAAUAAUCCCUGAGCUAACAACGCUUAGCUUAAAGUUGCGCGGGCCUGGUGUCGGAGGAAUUCCAGACGUUGAAAUUGAUUUGGACAAUAGUGAGUGGACUAUAUUUAGAGCAGUACAAGAACUAUUACAAAACAGUCAAAUAAAUAAAAAUGACAAAUUUCGCAAAUUAUGGGAGCCGACCUAUACAAUUGUUUAUCGUGAAACAUAUCCAACAGUUCAGGAAUGUUCGUAUAUCGAACCUGAAGGACAAAAAACGCCAGGUGUUUCAUCGAGAAGUGGUGCUUCGACAUUAUCGCCGAACUCCCCAGUCCAUGGUGGAUUAAGUAUAACUGACAAUAACCUAUGCUCCGUCGAGGAUGUUUUAGAGUUACUUACACAAAUUAACGCACUAAAUCAAUAUGAAACUGAAUCCGCCGAUAAUACCGCAUCAUUACAAAAAAGUUCAUAUUUACCAGCUGAGCUAUUUAUGAGCAAAAAAAUUACAAAUAAGUUACAGCAGCAAAUUCAUGAUCCUCUUGUUCUUUCAAGCAACGCUCUGCCCAAUUGGUGUGAGGAUUUAAAUCAAUCCUGUCCAUUUUUAUUUCCGUUCGAGACCCGACAAUUAUAUUUUAAUUGUACUGCAUUUGGAGCAUCUAGAAGUAUUGUAUGCUUACAAUCUCAACGUGAUCUGACAACUGAACGGCAAAGAGUUCCCAUUAUGAGUCCACGUCGAGACGAUCAACAUGACUUCCGUGUUGGAAGAUUAAAACACGAGCGUGUAAAAGUUCCACGGAAUAAAGAUUUACUUAAGUGGGCUAUUCAAGUCAUGAAGGCACAUUGUAAUCGGAAGUCUGUGCUAGAAGUAGAGUUUUUAGAUGAAGAAGGAACUGGACUAGGUCCAACACUUGAAUUCUAUGCUUUAGUAGCUGCAGAAAUUCAACGAUCUGAUUUAUGUAUGUGGCUAUGUGAUGAUGAAUAUAGUGAAACUCAUAACGAACCUCAAUUUCACAACAUAGAAGAUGGCUCGAAGCCCGUUGGAUAUUACGUAAAUAGGCGCGAGAAUGGAUUGUUCCCAGCACCUUUGCCACAAGAUUCAGAACUCUGUGAGCAGGUUUCUAAAUAUUUUUGGUUUUUCGGCGUUUUUCUUGCCAAAGUAUUGCAGGAUAUGCGACUUGUUGAUAUGCCCUUGUCCAACUCAUUUUUACAGUUACUUUGUCAUAACAAAGUAUUAUCUCGAAAUGAUUUAAAGCUUAGGUCAAAAUCACGUUUCCAAGAUCUGAUGGCGAGCUCAGUUGUUUCGAAAGAUACCGAGCUUGCAAAUAUAUAUGCACAAUUUUUAAACGGGGAUCUUACACAGUGCAACUGGAUUAAUGGAAUUCUUAAUAUUGAAAACUUAAAAGAAAUUGAUCCAACACGUUAUCAAUUUUUAAUUGAACUACAGGACUUGUUAAUGCGUAAACAAGCUAUUGAUAUAGAUGACACUUUAAACUGUGAAGAAAAACAAAAGUUGAUAAAGAAUCUUAAAUUGCGCACUAAAAAUGAUAUUGAAGUAGCUCUGGAAGACCUGGGCCUCACAUUUACUUAUUUGCCAAGCUCGUCUGUGUAUGGAUAUACAUACGUAGAGCUUAUUCCAAAUGGAUAUUUAACUGAAGUCAAUAUAAAUAACCUUGAAGCAUAUUGGGAAUUGCUUGUAAACUUUAUGUUGCACGAUGGUAUUGCGAAGCAAAUGCAGGCAUUCUAUGAUGGGUUUUGCGAAGUAUUUCCGUUAAAUAAAUUGGCCGCAUUUAACCCGUUCGAAGCUAGAAUGAUGAUAUGUGGAGAGCAAUAUCCUCAAUGGAGCCGCGAGGAUCUAAUGGCGUUUACUGAGCCCAAAUUAGGCUAUUCCAAGGAUAGUCCUGGAUUUUUACGUUUUGUUAAUGUUCUUUUGAGCUUUUCGGGCGCUGAGCGUAAAGCAUUUUUGCAAUUUACUACAGGCUGUAGUAGCCUGCCUCCGGGAGGAUUGGCUAAUUUACAUCCUAGGCUUACAGUCGUAAGAAAAGUGGAUGCUGGACAAGGAAGUUAUCCAUCUGUGAAUACCUGCGUUCAUUACUUAAAGCUUCCGGACUACCCGUCUGAAGAAAUUAUGAAAGAUCGAUUAUUAACAGCAACAAAGGAAAAAGGGUUUCAUUUAAAUUAAAAAAGUAUUUUUAUUAUUUUCAUUGUUGAUUAAAAAUGGCUUAUAUCUUUUAAAAAUCUUACUGUAUCUGUAAAUACUAAUCAUUCUGAUAAAACAGUAACAAUUAAUGUCAGAAGCACUGUAAAUUAAUUAUUAAAUAAUUAUCUAAUCUAACUUAUCACAAAAAAAA